GCAUCCAUCUUCAUCAGCAUGACAUGCUUUAUUUGCAUUUCUGUCUUUUGUUUGUCUGCAUUUUUAAUGGAGGCGCAGGGUACGUAUGGCCCUUACUUACGGAACCAUAACCAGCUCUACGGAGACCGGCAGAGAUCUCACUUCACCCCCAAUAUGCCUGGUCCUGGACACGGCAACUCCAUCAACUUUGGAGGUUUUACAGCUAUCAUCAUCGCAACCCUCAUCAGCACCAUCACCAGCGGCCGCCCUGGAAAAGGCCUCCCUUUAUCUACCACCAUCCUGCCUUACCUGUCCGGCCCAUCUCACCUGUCCAUCCUGUCUGGUCAGUUGUGCCCACACCUCCCAAAAUUCCGGUGGUGAUACCUGUCCCUACAGUGCCCAUGCCACUCACCAAGGUAGCCACCCUACCCCCGCCACCUCCAACACAGACUACAACCACUACAACCACAGCAAUCACAACAACCACGACAACCACUCCAGAGCCGCUCCAGCAGAGCUCUGCAAGAGUCGUCCUCUAGACCUGGUUUUUAUCAUCGACAGUUCUCGUAGCGUCCGUCCUGCAGAGUUCGAAAAGGUCAAAAUCUUCCUCUCUGAAAUGGUUGAUUCUCUUGAUAUCGGAUCCGAUGCCACACGAGUCGCCCUGGUCAACUACGCCAGCACCGUCAACAUUGAGUUCCUUCUGAAAAAGUACUUCAGUAAGGCUGAGGUCAAGCAGGCCUUCUCCCGUAUUGAUCCACUCUCAACAGGAACUAUGACUGGCCUGGCUAUCAAAACCGCCAUGGAGCAGGUUUUUACAGAGAGCGCUGGGGCCCGGCCACUAAAAAAGAACAUCGGUAAGGUGGCCAUCAUUGUGACUGAUGGAAGGCCGCAAGAUAAAGUUGAAGAGGUGGCAGCAGCAGCAAGGGCUUCUGGAAUUGAAAUAUAUGCUGUCGGAGUGGACAGAGCAGAUAUGCGGUCUCUCAAACAGAUGGCCAGUCAGCCUCUGGAUGACCAUGUGUUCUAUGUGGAGACAUACGGAGUGAUCGAGAAACUAACAUCUAAGUUCAGGGAGACACUCUGUGCUGAUUUUGCAGGUUUCGAUGCUUGUGCGCUUGGGCACAACUGCCAACAUAUUUGUGUCAACAACAACGCCUCUUAUUUCUGCGAGUGCAGAGAGGGAUAUGUUAUCAACUCUGACAAGAAAACGUGCUCUAAGCAGACCAAUGGUUUGUCAUAA